UCCAGUAGGCACAUAGAUGCCGUACAUCCAGUUGACAAAAACAUCGAAAAUUAGUAUUUUUCGUUCACACCACUUUAAUUAACACAAACCGUGAUAUAAAGUAGCUUCAACUUAAUCAUUUUAAUUUAGAAACCAGUCUUUUAUUCGCGUUUCCUGUCAUUCAUCCUGCGACAAUGGAUUAACCUCGCAGUACCUCGUUUUAUGCUAAAUAAAUUUCUUAUCACACAGCCGAAGCAUCAUCGAUAAAAAUGUCACUCUUGGCCGAUUUCCGAACACUGCUCAAACCGUACUAUUGGAUUAAUAUUCUAAUGAGUUUCUCGUACGUGAUAUUCAAAAAGACACCUGUACUAUGCAACUAUAUGUUCUCCAAUUUCGAAACAAAAUGCGAAUUCGACUCGCGCGAAUCGGAUAUCUUGUUGUUCAUGCUGAUCGUAGUGAUGAUCCGGUCUAGAAAAUCAGGCAGUGUUUCGAUGAUCAAUUACCUGACUUCCAGUUUCAUGUAUUGUAAAGUAGCUUCGUUGAUUUUAUGGACCUACGCUGAUAUUCGAACCGGUAUCCUCUACGGUGUCCUAUUCCUUGUUCUUGCCAUUUGGGUACCGGAGCCGACGUACGAAGGUCCCUCAAACGUUGUUUACUUCAGAACUACUGCCACUCUGGAAGACGAACUCUCUAAGAAUAAGAAUAUCACUUGGCUCGUAUGUUUUUACACUGUUUGGAAUCCAUCUUGUGUGAAUUUCGCUCCUAUAUUCGCUCAAUUAUCGGCCGAGUACGGUUUAGAUAAUCUGAAGUUUGGUAAAAUCGACAUCGGACGAUAUCGCGACGCUGCUGAGAAAUUCGGUAUUUCUGACGCCUCGACUAGUAAACAACUUCCUACGUUGAUUCUCUUCAAAAACGGAGAAGAAGUUAUGCGAAGGCCGUGCGCCGAUUCUAGAGGAAAACUCACCAGAUUUUUCUUCACUGCUGACAACAUCAAAACGGUCUUCGACUUGAAUAACUUGUACAAAGCAGUUGCGAAUAAAGCCAAACCAGCCAAAGCUUCGAAAGAUGAUAAAAAGAAAGCCGAGUAGAGCUCACGUUCGUGUAAAAUCCCACCGACUUCAUGGACAUGGAAGAAUUUAACUAUUUCAGAAUUCACAGUUGAGAAAAUUACUCCAGUGUUAUAAGACUGAAUAAGACCGAUAGCUUGUGUAAUAGUAAAUUAGAUUAAAUUAUUAAAAGAACAAUCAACGAUUUGUUCGGAAAUCUACUUCGGUGAAAUUACAAGUAGAGUAGAUCAUUUUAGCCUUCUUGAUUGUAUAAUUUUUAAAAUUCUUUGACAUUUUAUUGGUAACGAUGCAUUUGUAGCUGUUGUAUUUUUAGUGAGAUACCACCAUUUACUUACUUGGUUGAUCAACUCGAGCAUUAAAGCAUUUUUUUUUAAAACUAGUCAUUUACGAGUAUUUCAUCAUUGUUUUGUACCCGCUUUAGGUUUUACUACACGUGUACAUAUUGCCUUUUAUUUUUUCAUUUACUCAUUUUUUUUGUUCAACGUUUUUGCGAUUGAUUGAAUUUUUUUCCUUUUAUCUAGGAUGGAAUAGUAGGUAUUAAUAUAGUAUUCUGUAAUUGUUGUGGUCUUUGUGAUGUUAAUUUUUUGAAUAAUAAAUAAAAAAUGAGUCAUUCGGA